UUCGGCCCUCUAAAACCAUCCCAAUUUCUCAUGCGGCCGUUGGGAAAAUUAGUUGCCCAUACCUGGCCUAAGCCCAUGCGUGGAUCAGAGGACGGCCAUUGAGCACCAGACAUCGCGCGUGCGACGGGCGACAGUAGCGCGGACCUGCUGCACACAUAGACACGUGAUUAACUUUCACUCUGUCGGUGGCUUUGCUGCUUGCACAUCAAACUCCAGGCUGAACAUUCAAGCUGCUGACAAUGAAUUGCUGCUUCGUCGCAGGUCUGUUUGUUGCUGUAGUGUUAAUUUACCAGCUGGUGACGUGGCUGAGGUCACGUAUACGUGUCUGCGACUACCACAAAAAGCACGUACUCGUGACAGGUUGUGACACAGGUUUCGGCAAUCUGCUUGCUAAACGGCUCGACGUGUUAGGGUUCCGAGUGUUUGCCGCCUGUCUGACGUCACAAGCUGCGGAGAAGCUGCAGGCAGAGACUUCUUCUCGCGUCACCACGUUGGUGCUUGACGUCACAGACGAGAAGAGUAUCAGCGCCGCCAGAGACUUUGUGGCCGCCAGACUGCCGGAGGGUCAAGGUCUGUGGGGUGUUGUGAACAAUGCGGGCAUCGUCGGUCCUGUCUGUCCCAGCGAGUGGGUGUCACGUGAUGGGUAUCAGACAUGUCUGGCGGUCAACCUGUUGGGCCUGAUUGACGUCACUCGGACUUUCCUUCCGCUCGUGCGUCGCGCGCGAGGACGUGUUGUGAACAUCUCGAGCGUGUCGGGAAGAAUCGCCUUUGCCGCCUCUCCUUACUGCGUGUCUAAAUAUGGCGUUGAGGCUUUCUCCGACUGUCUUCGGAGAGAAGUGUACAGACAGGGUGUACAGGUGUGCAUCAUAGAACCUGGAGCCUUCAAAACAGAUAUCUCUAAACCAGAUAUUGUAUUAAAGUCACAUAAGAUGUCCUACGAUGCCACACCCGCUGACAUCAGACAGCAUUAUCCAGACUUUACGGUGGAAGCAUAUGACAAGAUGCUCACCAGAGCCUCUGCCAUUGUUUCACCGAAGCUGCACCUGGUGGUGGACGCCUACGUCUUGGCUCUGACGUCACGGUUCCCGCCGACAAGGCAGCUGGUGGGCAGUGACGUGCGUCUGUUCUACCGCCUGCUGUGGAACUUGCCUACGCCCCUCACCGACUGGAUUCUCGUGACAUUAAGAGAGUCAGCUGCACACUGAUAGCAAAGACCUAGUCUACUUUGACAUCAAAAAGUAAUACUAGAAACAUACAAAUGAUUAAACCUUUUUGCUAACAGAUCCAGAUACAUAAAUGAUACAUAUACAUAGAAUAAUUUAAUAAGCAGACCUGCUUUCAUAUUUGACUUUGAAGUUUUCUUUAAAUGUUUACAUGAUAAAAAUACGAUUCACACAAAACUACGAAACUGAAUAAAUAAAAAUAUUACUUUUCCAAAA